AAGUCUCUUGAGUUGAUGAACUACUUGUUAACAGAUUACAUACCACAUGAAGUCAACAAACCCUGGAAGAAGUUCCAUUGUCACUUGAAAGGACUGCAGAAGAGCUUGUGCCAUGCACUUGAGUGCACUUCUGAGCACCUGAGCUACUUUCAAACAGAUAUCAGUGAAGAGGAUGAAGAGCUUGAUGCCAGGGAUCCAGAACAAGUACACAAACCUAGAGAGUGGCUGACAAGGAAGAGUGCUGUAUAUGCUGGCUUUUUUUGUAAUGUGCCAGAUAAGCGCAACCAAACGACAGACAGCAGAAAUGCAGAAACGGCUGGGGCAGCUGAAACACUUACCCCAUUUCAAAGACAGAUGAGGACUUACCAGCUUGGUGGAGGAAAUCUUACAUCCAUCUUCUCAUUACUUUACAAGGAACCUCAAACAGCAGGAAAAAAGCUUGAGACAAUAAUUGGCCUGUAUCCAGAAAACCUGGGAAGGAAUGACCUUGACCAAACAGAGCUUGUGAACUUCAUCUUUUGUCAAAUAGCUCUUAACUGUACUUUACCUGGAUCCUCAAAACUACUGCCCCUUCAAAAGCUUCAAGACCUAAGUAUGAAAUUUAAUGCAAGUGGGAGAAAUAUAUCAUCAGCAAGUGCUCUCUUUCUUAUUUCACUUCUGUUUUGGCCUGAGACAAACAAUGAAGAACUUGAUUCUCGUAGUAGUCAGAUCCUUCUGUCAGCCCUUGAUGCACUCCAGAGACUCUUUGAGCAAAAAAUCCAGCAUGUCUCUCUAAGGAAAAGCAGAAAAGCGACCCAUUUCUUUCUGGCCAAGGCACGAGGUCUGAACAAGAUUGUCCACAGAAGUGCUAUCGAAAAGCUCAUUAAAGGCACACUAAGUGAAAGAAAACUUAAGUGGCUCGGUGGAGAAGUAUGGAAAACCAAGGAAGUUGUCCAAUCACUGAAACGUGUUGAAGGAUGGACAGAAAAUGGAAACUUAUUUGUCAGAGGUGCAACCAGAGACAGCAAGAUAAGGGUCUUUCCUCGACAUUCUGCCUCCUUGCCAAAUGCAAAUGAAAAUGUCACCUUCUACCUGGGCUUUUCAUUCGAUGGAGUGGUUGCCUUUGACAUUCAAGUCAUUGAAUAAAGUUCCAUUAGUUCUUCUCAUGCAAAUUAGCAUCUCCAAACCAAUGCCAAUGGCCAUUACAUGAGCAUUUUCUUCAGACUGUUGCUGCAUAUUAAUUUAACAUUUGCAUCAGUCACCACAGUGUGAAACUUGGAGGGAAUAUAUUGAUUCAUAUUACCCUAAACUGAGGAUGGCUCAGCACAGACGGUUUCUUUGAUUGAGAGGUUGUGUCCUCUGUCCCUCAUGUGAGAAUCAUGGUAUUAGAAGCACACCAGUGGAUCUACUGCAUGGACCAACAGAAAGCUACAAAAUCUAUUUCAUCAUUGUAUGGAUUGCCAUCGACUUGAGAAUUCAUCCAGUGACUCCCAAAAGUGGCUGCUUCAUUCAAGUAGGAUUCUCACAACUAGACGAGGCUCUUUACACAGUUGAAAGACUGAGAUUAUGUUUUUAAAACACACUUGAGUCCUUAAUAUGAUGUUGGUAGUUUGUAUAAACACAAGAGACUGAGUGGGAAAAAAAACAAAACCUUGGGCUAAUGCAGUGGAAAUGUACCAAACAUCCAGGGUAAGAGCAAUGUUAAAAUUAUCAUAGAAACUGCUCAUUUAUACUUUUUAUACAUUUUACUUUUUUACUUAUUAUCCUACUAAAUAGAUUUUUAAUGUUUCAUUGUUUUUCAUACCAAAUAUAUACCUGGUGCAGACUAUUCUAUUUGUCAGCAUCAACUGAUAUACUCUGUUGUGCACUGUGAAAAUGUUCUGAAAAAAUGGCAUUUCUUGGAUACAGCAGUGCAAAAAAAAUCUAUAAAGAUCAUUUAAAGUAAUUUUUUAAAGUUUUAGUGCUUCAGAAUUUUAUCUUAUUUGUUAUGGAUAUACAAUGUAGCUUAUGUUUUGUGUAAAUAUGAGCAUUGUGGGGAAAAAGGAAAGAAAAAAGAUGGCAUUUAUGAUGCUAUAAUGUCCUUAUUCAUUUUUUGAUCUUUUGUUUGUAUUUUUGGUAAUUUUGUAUUUCAGUAGUUCAAGGCAAUGUUAUAUAUAAAUCUUACAAAUGCAAAUGACCUAUUGAUCUGCCUACCAUUGGCAUUUUCAUUAUCAAAUUAUUGAUUCUGUGUAACUGAUUAUAUCAAGAGUUUCAAGCUUCACAAUCUUGCUAAUGUAUUCCACAACUGUUUACUCUUUUUUAAUAUGUGUAUUUUUUUCUUCCAUUAAUAGAAAUAUGU